AAUUAGACUCGGGUUUGUUUGCAGUUACCCUGACCCAGUGUUUCCCAUCCAGGGUGCAUUCGGCUGUACGGGCUUGCUGGGAGUUGUAGUUUUGCACCAGCUGGAGGCACCCUGGUUCACCGUUGGGAAGAUUAUUUGUCACGAUAUGAAAUGUUGCUCCAUGCUGAGGCGGUACCGCGCCGUGUACGUCCCGCUCGCCCCCGCUCCUGUCAGCUGUUCGGAUGCGCGCUGCUGGCCGCCUGCUCUAGCCCACUGGCCGAUAUCUGUACUUGUCACAGCUCAGCUGAUGCCUUUGUCUGCUUAGGGAUGUCCUGCGCAUGCGUGAAGGGUCCGGCUCGUCUGUCCUCUUCCAGGCCUCCGUAGAGCGCUCUGUUGUCAGGAGAAAGCGGCGCCUGGUGUACAUACUGAUGGGGGAGACAGGAAGCCUUUGAUAUCUGUAAAGGUGAGACAGGACAAAAAUGCAUCAUGGUAACGGGCCCCCCAACACUACACGGCAGCUUCAGCGGUCCAGAUCUUUUACUGGCAAUGAAGGAGAAGAAUCUUCAAUGCAAACAAAUUUGCCCCAAUCACCUGCUCCAUCCUUUGCACCACCAGUCAGUUCUCCUGGACCCCAGUCCCCUAGUUAUCAAAUACAGCAACUCAUAAUGAGCCGGAAUCCAGUGGCUGGUCAGAAUGUGAACAUUACCCUACAGAAUGUAGGGCAAGUGGUAGCAGGAAACCAACAGAUAACACUGACUCCACUGCCUAUUCCAAAUCCUGCCUCUCCUGGGUUCCAGUUUAGUUCCCAGCCAAGGAGAUUUGAGCAUGGGUCUCCAUCCUACAUUCAGGUUACGUCCCCAAUGUCACAACAGGUACAAACUCAAAGUCCAACACAACCCAAUGCUGUGCCAAUCCAAGCAUUACAAGGUGUCAGAGCAGCAACUGCUGGAGCCAGUUUGGGAAUGUGUAGCCAGAGUCCCACACGUGGCUUUGUGGAUGCCAGUGUGCUUGUAAGACAGAUCAGCUUGAGCCCUUCAAAUGGUAGUCACUUUGUGUUUCAAGAGGGAUCUGGUCUUGCACAGAUAGCACAGGGAGCCACAGCACAGGUGCAACUUCCAUCUGGGGCGGCACAGGCCAGCAUGAGGGAACGUAGACUGUCACAACCUCAUUCUCAAACUGGAGGAACUAUCCAUCACCUUGGACCCCAAAGUCCUGUGGCAAGUGGAGCAAAUAUGCAGACAUUGACCACACCAAGCCACAUAACCACGACCAAUUUACCACCACAGAUAAGCAGUAUUAUACAAGGGCAACUCAUUCAGCAACAACAGGUUCUCCAUGGUCAGCAGCUGGGUAGAACCAUUAGUUUUGAUAGAACAGCUGGAGGAAUGAUAGCAGGAGUGACAGGUGCUACAUCUUUUGGCAUAACAACACCGCCAACCCCAACAAGUCCAUCACGAAUUUCUGGACCCCAGGGACUCUCUAGUCUUCCACUUACUCCAUCGGUGAACACUGUGAAGAAACAAAGUAAAAAACUUGAGGAAAUCCCACCAGCGACUGCUGAGGAUGCCCAGAUGAGGAAACAGUGCUUGGAGCAUCAUCAAAAAAGUAUGAAAACGCUGAAGGAAAACUUUAAGGAUUUCCUUAUUGAGCUGUUUUUCCUUCAGCACUUUCAAGGGAACAUGAUGGAUUUUUUGGCUUUCAAAAAGAAACCAUCAAUGGGUCUCCAGGGUUACCUUAGACAAAAUGACUUAGACCUAGAAGAGGAAGAAGAGGAAGAACAAUCCGAGGUUAUCAAUGAUGAGGUAAAGAUUGUGACAGGAAAAGAUGGGCAGACUGGUACACCUGUUGCUAUAGCAACCCAGCUUCCUCCCAAUGUUUCUGCUGCUUUUUCAUCCCAGCAGCAGCCAUUUCAGCAAUCUCUAACAGGGAGCGGAGCAGUAGGAGCAGCAAAUGCAAUAGAUAUCGAGGCCUUUAAAAGACAACAAGCCCUUACACAAGCAGACCCUAGCAAGAGAGCACGCCUUGAUGUAACACGCCAUGGAAUGGUUUACCAGCACCCAGGGGUGGCAUCUGGGGUACCCCUACAGCAGCUAAUGCCUACUGCACAAGGGGGAAUGCCCCCUACUCCACAGACGGUACAGCUGACAGGGCAGAAGCAGAACCAACAACAAUAUGAUCCCUCCAAGGGACCACCUGUGCAGAAUGCUGCCAGCCUGCACACCCCUCCACCCCAGUUGCCUGGCAGGGUGCAGACUCCCAACAUUCCAAUAUCUACCCUUCCUGCUGCACUGCACCUGGCACAACAGCAGCAACAAAUCACAGAUGGUCAAAUUCAGCCUCAGAUCCAGGUACAAAUUAAAACCCAGACCUCGGGGAUGCCAAUCCAGGCAUCUCCUCAGAAUCAGCUGCCAUCACAGAUCUCCCAGUCCCUGCAGCCAGCAUUUCAUGCUCAGUUACCAAUAACUGUAUCACAAACACAAGGCACAGUUCAGCAACAGACUGUCACCCUGAUGAGGCCGGCUGCAGAGUCUCCCCAACAACGUCUCACCAACAGCAGUGUACAGCCAAAUUCAUUUGUGGCUCCUGCUGCCAUCUCUACCAAUAACCCUGUUGCAUCCUUCUCACUGCCAACAAACAGAACCAACCAAACUGCAAAUAAAGCUCUGUCCGCCACAGUUACCAAAGCCUCUACUGGAACAAUUGGCAUUAAAAUCCAGACUACUGUACACAGCACGGCAACUCCAGAAAGUUCACAGGACAAACUGAUGGAACAGGAAAACCUUGUCCAUCAGCGCAUUGCAGAGCUUCGUAAGGAAGGUUUAUGGUCUUUGAGGAGACUUCCAAAGCUACAAGAGCCCUCAAGGCCCAAAUCACACUGGGAUUACUUGUUGGAAGAGAUGCAGUGGAUGGCUGCAGACUUUGCUCAAGAAAGGAUGUGGAAGAUGGCUUGUGCAAAGAAGUUGGUGAGAACUGCUGCCCGCUAUCAUGAAGAAAAGAGAGUGAACAAUGAACGAGCGCGGAAAGAAGAGGAGAACAAACUAAAGCGGAUUGCUGCUACAAUUGCUAGAGAGAUUGAGUUUUUCUGGUCCAAUAUUGAACAAGUUGUGGAAAUUAAAUUACAAAUGGAGUUUCAAGAAAAAAGAAGAAAAUCGCUUAACCUAAGUAUGGACUCAAUGAAAGGCCCACUUAAAGCAAUUGAAGAGGCUUGUAUGAAACACAAACAUGGAAAUAAUAAAAUUUCACCAACUUGGAGAAAACGAAAAGCAAGUGCCUCUUGGAGUGAUGGGGAAGGUGAAGAAAUGACUAUUGCAGAGCUGGAAACCAAAGAAGGCAAUGUUGACCACCAGGCUGAACUCUCGGAAUUACUACGAGAAGAUGUGAAAGACCUAAGUGGAGAUUCAGAUGUGCCACAGAAGCAUACUAUCCUUAUUGACUCUUUACUUGACACAGACCAGUUUAGAACGGCUGACUGGACAAGUCCUGCACAUUUGAGCUCCAGGAAGCACACCAGAGAUAUUGGAGAUGUGGCCAGGGCAGCAGAGUUACUUCUCCCAAGUGGAAGUGCACGGAUUACGUGUUCAGUGAAGCCACGACCUUCUCAUCUGCUACAUGGUACUCUGCGGGAAUACCAACAGGCUGGACUAGACUGGAUGGAAAAACAGUACAAGAAAAAUCUCAAUGGUAUUCUGGCAGAUGAAUCAGGUCUAGGGAAAAAUGUUCAGGUGAUAGCCCUCAUGGCGCACCUAGCCAGUAAUGAAGGAAACUGGGGUCCACAUCUGAUCGUGGUGAGAAGCUGUAAAAUUCUGAAGUGGGAGUUAGAGUUUAAAAGAUGGUGUCCAGGUUUAAAACUCCUUUUAUACUUCGGCAAACAGAAAGAGCUAAGGAAAAAGAGACAGAGAUGGGAGGAGCCCAACAAUUUCCAUGUCUGUAUUACAUCUUACAAGCAGCUGUUCAAGGGACUUCAAGCAUUCAUGAAGAUGAGGUGGAAGUACCUUGUCUUGGAUGAAGUCCAUCAGAUCCGCAAUAUGAAUGAGAAGCAUUGGGAAGCCAUCUUCAAUCUGCCAAGCCAGAACCGACUGCUUCUAAGGGAUACACCACUGCAAAAUACUUGGAAAGAUCACUGGACCAUGGUGCAUUUUUUAAUCCCUGGAAUAUCCAAGCCUUACCUGGAUUUCCCACUGAAAACCAGUGGAGAAGAAAGCCAGGAAAAUUGCCACAAGCUUUUCAUCAUGUUGCACAGGACUGUUCGACCUUUUAUAUUGCGAAGAUCAAAAAAAGAUGUUGAGAAGCAACUAACGAAAAAAUAUGAGCAUGUUCUAAAAUGUCGUCUUUCCAAUCGCCAGAGAGCAUUAUAUGAGGAUGUCAUUCUGCAGCCAGGAACUCAGGAUUCCCUGAAGGGAGGACAUUUUGUCAGCGUACUUCAUGUCUUGAUGCAGUUACAAAGGAUUUGUAACCAUCCAGAUUUGGUGGAUCCUCGGUCUGGACAUUCCUCCUUUGCAUUUGACCCUCUGAAAUAUGAGACUUCAUCACUUGUAUUACAGGCCUUAGAACAUCAUCCCUGGAAGAAUCCAGAUCUGUCUCUCUUUGAUCUUCUGGGACUAGAAACUAAAAUGACACAGUAUGAGGCCCAGGUGCUGCCUGUCCUAAAGGUGACUAGAAGACUAAUGGAGGAAAUAUACAACUCUCCUGAUGCUACACCUCCACUCAACCCAGUGAGAAUGAAACCAAACAGGCUGUUUCAACCAGUUCCAUAUGGUCAAAAGCCAGAAGGGAGAACUGUGGCUUUCUCCUAUACUCCAGCAUCUCGACUAGUUACUACAACUACUGCGACAGUAACUCAGCAGGGCCAGGCACGAGGACGAUCCCCAAUCACAACGGCCUCUGCAAAUCAAGGUGGUGAGGUGGUUAAAAUCGCUCAACUGGCUACUUCUGGUGCAGCUCAGGGCAGAAUAGCACAGCCCAAAACCCCAGUAACUCUGCAGUUCCAAGGAAACACAUUCACACUGUCCCAGAGCCAACUGCGCCAGCUAACUGCUGGGCAACCACUCCAACUGCAAGGGAGCGUUCUUCAGAUUGUUUCGGCUCCUGGACAGCAAUAUCUUCGGCCUCCUGGGCCUGUUGUAAUGCAGACAGUGACUCAAGGAACCUCCCUUCAAAAUGCAAUAAAUGCUUUGGGAAACCAGCAUCCUUCCAACAUACAAUCUUUGACUUCUCAAACAGGAAUUCAAAGUAGAAGCAUUGUGCCUUACCCGGGUGGUGGCGAUCCUGCAUCGUCUCUCAAAACCUCGCAGAGUUCAUCUACCCCAGCACAGGAUUUAGCGGAAGAAAAGCAGCGUAUAUUAAGAGAUCGCCUGGAUCGACUGUUUACCUGUAAUGAACGGCGCUGUGCACAGGCUCCCAUUUACGGGAAAGACCUGUUAUCACUUUUUCAAAUGUCUGCCUCUAAAUUUCAUCAACCUGUGAAAGAAACAAAUUGGGGAUGGGUGGGAUCUGUGAACUGUUUGCUAUCUUCUCAAUCGUCAAAAGACAUCAAUGACCCUUUGGGGCAACUUAUUCUAUCCACGGAGCAUCAGAAGUCAAUACUGGAACCCUUUGCAAGAAGUACAUUGUGUGUGGUGCCUGCCGUUGUUGCUACUCCUCCAAUUUUGACUGUGCCACAUCCACCACCCUUAUAUACGCAUAAAAUGAAGAUGCUAAGGCAUGGUUUAAAGAAGAAAGCAGCACCAUACUUGCAGAGCUUGCGAGAACAAACAUCUCCUAAUUGUGUGCAGACCCCUGACCCACAGCUUAUCCAGUGUGAUUCAGGAAAGCUUGAAGCAUUGUCCAUACUUCUUUGGAAGCUGAGGUCAGAGGGUCGACGUGUUUUGAUCUUCUCUCAGAUGCUGCUCAUGCUAGACAUAUUGGAGACCUUCUUGGAUCUCAACUCCUUCACUUUCCUGAGGAUCGAUGAGUUUGCAAACUAUGAACAGUGUCACGAUCUGAUGAGAAGCUUUAACCAGGAUCCCCGAAUCUUCUGCAUUUUAAUAUCAUCUCAAUGCCGAUCUCUUGGUGUUCCCUAUGUGGAAGCAGACACAGCAAUCUUUUAUGACAGUGAUUUAAAUCCAGUAAUGGACUCUAGAGCUCAAGCUUGGUGUGAUCAGAUUGGCAGGACAAAAGAUAUUCACAUAUACAGGCUCAUAAGUGGAAAUUCAGUUGAAGAGAAGCUGCUGAAGAAUGGCACUAAGGAUUUGAUUCGUGAAGUUGCCGCUCAGGGAAAUGACUUUUCUAUGGCUUUUCUGACUCAGCAAACCAUUCAUGAGUUAUUUGAGCUUUAUUCACCAUUGGAAGACUCAGGAUUUGGAGAAAAGGCUGAAGAAUUUGUAAUGCUCUCUCAAGAACCCCCUCCAGCAGAGACAAUAGCUACAAAAUUUGCCAAACCAUUUAUAGAGGCUUUGAAGAGCAUUGAACAUGGAGCUGAAAUAGAUAUGGAGAUAUCUGUACCUGGAACAAAAGACAAGCAAGAUAUUAAGGUGGAAGAAACAGGAAGCAGUUCAGAGGAGACCUCAGAUCUGAUGGAGUUGGCUGCAGUGGUGGAGCAGCUCACCCCCAUUGAGAAGUAUGCCUUGAACUACCUGGAGGAAUUUUAUACAUCAAGUGCUACAGAAAAGCCAGAGAAAGCAGAGGAUCUAAAUGUGACAAAGAAAAAAUGGGAAGUGCAGAAGUUAAAAGAGGACAAGGAAUGGAAAGAGCAGAUGGCUUGGGAGGAAGCUGAUGAAGAACUUCUGACCUACACUAGAGAAGAUGCAUACAACAAGGAAUUCAUCUAUGACAAUCCAGAGGGUCAAACCGAAGUGAUGCCAAUCUGGACACCACCCACUCCUCCUCAAGAUGAGAAUGACAUUUAUAUUGACUCUGUUAUGUGCCUAAUGUAUGAUACCAACCCUAUCCCAGAAUCUAAGCUGCCCCCGGUUUAUGUGAGGAAGGAACGCAAGAGACACAAAGCUGAUCCUGCAGCUGCAGGCCGAAAGAAGAAACAGAGGCAUGGAGAAUCGGUGGUUCCUCCUCGUUCCCUGUUUGAUAGAGCGACCCCUGGUAUGCUGAAAGUGAAGAGAGAAGGCAAAGAGCAAAAGAAGAACAUCCUACUCAAACAGCAAACCCAGUUUGCCAAACCACUGCCGACCCUAGUUAAACCAGCGACUGAAACAGGACCUGACAAUCCUGAGUGGCUGAUCAGUGAAGACUGGGCCUUGCUGCAGGCUGUUAAGCAUCUCUUGGAACUACCCCUGAAUCUAACAGUGGUAUCACCAGCUCACACCCCAAACUGGGAUCUAGUCAGCGAUGUGGUGAACUCAUGCAGCAGAAUUUAUCGAUCCUCUAAACAGUGCCGUAGUCGGUAUGAAAAUGUCAUCAUCCCAAGAGAAGAAGGGAAGCUCAUGUUUGAAGCUAACCCUAAAAAGAAAACAAAGAGCAUAUACAAGACUAAGAACAGUCGCCCUCUCCGGACUAGUCAAAUCUAUGCCCAGGAUGAAGGUGUGACACACACACAGCUAUACACAAACCGCUUUGAGCUGAUGAAAAUGACGGCAGGGAAGAGGAGCCCACCUAUCAAGCCGCUCUUGGGAAUGAACCCAUUUCAGAAAAAUCCAAAGCAUGCCUCUGUACUUGCCGAAAGUGGAAUAAACUAUGAUAAACCUCUACCACCUAUUCAAGUGGCCUCUCUUCGUGCUGAGCGAAUAGCCAAGGAAAAAAAGGCAUUAGUAGAACAGCAUCAUAGGGCCCAACAACAGGCUGGUCCUCAGGCUCCACAACAGCCUCUACAAAAUGGGCAACAACCAUCAACCCCAACAGUUCAGCCUGUCCAGGCUCAGGCUCAGCAACAAGUGGUGCAACAACAGGUCGUGCAGCAGCCACAAGCAGUAAUUGCCAGUCCAACUGUUACCAAUGUACCAACCACUGCAGUUUUGGCUGGAACCAUUAAGACGGCAGUAACAGGAGCAAGUAUACAAGCUGCUGCUGUUAGUGGAAAUGUCAUUGUCAAUACAGUGGCAGGUGUCCCUUCUGCUACCUUCCAACCUAUUAAUAAAAGGUUGGCAUCUCCUGUUAUACCAGGCACACUUACUGCUCCUGGUGGGGCAGCACAGGUUGUUCAUGCUCAGCAAAGAGCAGUAGCCACUUCAGCCACACCUGCAGAAAUGGUGACUAUAGCAACAAAUCAGGGUGUGCGAGCAGUAACCCCAGUGACUGGUGGAACUGUGGUGUGCAGCAGUAUCACUCCUGUCCAGACACAGGCCAGGUCCAUUGUUACUCAAGUGACAACAGCUACAACUGCUGGGGUUCAGCUUGCUAGUAAAACCAUCACUCCAGCCCAGUUCCAGCUUCUUCGACAACAACAAGCUGCCCAAGUACAAGUGCCCCAGAUCCAGGCUCAGACACAGUCCCCAGGGCAAAUAAAAGCUGUAGGCAAAUUAUCGCAGGAGCAACUACUCAAAUUGCAAAAGCAGAAAAUGCAGAUUCCUCAACAGGCAACUCAGGCAGUAGCUCAACAACAACAGCAACCACCUCCUCAAGGUACUCCACAGCCUGCACCAACACAGGGGCAGCAGCAACCACAGCCAACACCACCACAGCAACAGGCUCAGCAGCUGACAGCAGUCACUGCCCCAAGAGCUGGAGCCGUCCUCGCAGGAGCUGUUACUAAUCUGCAUGUGGCUCGCCUGCUUCAGGCCCAAGGUCAAAUCCAGGCCCAACCAGGACAAACUGCACAAGUGGCACUAGCAAAGCCUCCAGUUGUGUCUGCUGUUGUAUCAUCUACAGGGGUGACCACACUACCUGUCACGGUAGCUGGAAUCAGUGUUGCUAUUGGUCAACCCCAGAAAGCUGCAGGUGGGCAGACUGUAGUUGCUCAGCCCUUAAAUGUACAGCAGCUCCUAAAACUAAAGCAGCAACAACAAAAAGCCUUGCAGUCUGGGGCAUCUCCAGGACAGGCAUCUGUGCAGCAGCAGAAGCAGAUAAGUCAACAGGUCUCUGUCCAGGCCCAGCAACAACAACAGCAACAGUCUCAACAGCAGAAGUUGACAUAUGCUUCUCAGCCUGCCAUUAAAACGCAGUUCCUCACAACUCCUAUCACUCAGACUCAGAAGUCUCCUGGCGCCCAACAAGUGCAGGCUCAAAUUCAGGUUGCAAAGCUUCCACAGGUGGUCCAACAACAGGCAGCAGUGGCUAAUAUUCAGCAGAUAGUGCCAGCCACUCAGCAGGUCCAGUCACAGACUGUUACAUUGACCCAGGCAACAGCAGCAGGUCAGCAGCAAGUUCAAGUGUUACCAGCUGCUUCAACAGCGGCUCAAGUGGUGCAGCAGAAGAUCCUCCAGCAACAGGCAGUAGCCGCUGCAUCACCACAGCUUCAGACCGCAUCUAACCAGAGCCCAGCACCAACAUCAGCAACUGCAGAGUCACAAAAUCCGCAAACAAAGCUCCAAGUUAGGACACCUACUGUCCGCAUCAAAGCCCCCACUAAACCUAGCUGAGAAGACUUCAGGACUUUGCACCUUCAAAUAUUUUUUAUCAUAGAAACCCUCAUUCUAAGCACCUUUAGUAUUGUGUUUUUUUUUUCUCUGGAAAAAUAUUUCAUUCAUAUGUUGAAGUUUAGAAAAUGUGAAUGAAGAAAAGGGAAAUGAAGAAAAAGCUAUGCCAACUUUGCUCUACCCACAGAAGAUGUUACAGGGUGGGCAAGAUGGUUCUCAGACAAAAAGGAAUGUAAGGGAACUUUUUUUUUGCUUUUUUGGUACUUAAUUAAAUGCUUUUUUUUUUUCAUUUUAGCUGUUCAUUUUGCAUAAAACCAACUUCUUAUUUGGGAAGGAUUUUAGGAAGUACCCAGCAUGUUUGCAGUUAAUUUGUAUUUACUUUAAAGGUAGCUCAGUGUUCAGAUAUGACUUUUUAGGUUUUAUUUCAGUUUUCAAA